GCUAAGCUGGAACUGCUUCGUGACGUCGACGGAAAUAUAUCCUACGAAAUAGCUAGAAAGUUAUAGGCAUCCUGGAAGAAGGAUGAUAAUUAUGCAUUGUUAGGGUGUAAACGUGCAUAAGUAAGGCUUUAUCUAAAAAGAUAAAGACAUUAGGAGUGAUAUAUACGUGAGUAAAGAAUUGUAAGAGUCUGUUACUCCAAUUCAGUGCUAAUCACCACGUUCCUCCCACACAAUCGUCACAUCGCGGCCUUAAAUGAAAAAUAAACAUUGAGAUUUGAAUUUAAGUAAGAAUAUCUACGAGAAACGGAUUUUUUUAAAUAUAAUUUAUUUUAUUUUCACACACGAUUAACAUAAUUCAGAGGUCUGAUGAACGAGGGACUCAGAGCUCUACCGACGUACUUAAACCUAUCUAGCCGAGGUAAUAAUAAUUAAGAACUCAAAUUCAUUAAUUAAACUGUGUAAUAUAUCGUCGAACCCGAACCAAAGACUUGCUUGGUAAUGGAAAGUGCGCAACGUCACUCCAGUCGAUAAUUUUGUGUUUUCUGCGGUGCCAAUAAGCAGUUAGGAAAUUUGAGGCUAAUAACUAAGAAUUAAUAUUAAGGGGAGGGUCUGGAGCCCAUGGACAUCCCCCCAGCUACGUUCCUGCACAGAAUUCAAAUCUACUCUCCUUUUCAGAGCACUGAGCGGUACCACCAAAGUGACAUAGUGCACAGUGGACGAGUUUCACCACCUCUUCCUGCUACCAUGGUGUCGACACACAACACAUUGUUUCAUACCUAGUGGUAGAUGCUGCACACAGGAUGCAGUUGAUGACUAUAUCAGCUGGAAUAACAUCGAUUACCACAUCUAAAUCUGCUUGGUUCACCCUCAGCACACCAGUGGCCGCUCCCAAGAUAAUGGCAAUAGGACCGUACAUGUUGUCCACCCAUCCAGGUAUUCGACCUCUUGAAACACGAGCAACCAGACGCGGUUGACAAGAUAGUGUUCGUUGCUGGAGACUGCUCCAGCCCUCGUCUGGGCCUCAGCGACUCGGACUACUAUCACCUGACCCAACAUGUCAACAUCAUGCUGCACCUGGCUGCCAAUGUCAGGUUCGACGAGACAAUGAAAGUGGCAAUAAACACUAACAUCAAGGGCACGAUGGAGGCCGUGAGGUUGUGUUGGGACUGUUUCUCUCUGAAGGCUGCAGUGUUUGUUACAACAGCCUUUUCGAAUGUUAACUGUAAGGAGGUGAGAGAAGAGUUUUAUGACCCACCAAUGCAACUGGAAGAGGUACUGGCUCUAAUGGAUAGAGUCAGUGAACAAGAGCUCGAAAUAUUUAGUCACAAGGUAACAGGUGCUAGGAAAAUCCCUUAUUUGUUCUCGAAAGCUGUGACGGAGAACCUGAUUUUGACGCAUGCCAAAGGCUUACCAAUUGCAAUUGUGAGGCCCUCAAUGGUUGUGUCUACAGUAAGAGAGCCUAUACCAGGGUGGCUGGACAACAUGUAUGGCCCGAUAUCUAUUGUCACUGGAGUUGGAACAGGCGUAUUGAGAGUUAAUAAUGCAGACAUAGACUUGGUAUUGGACCUGGUUCCAGCUGAUAUGGUCACCAAUUGCAUCUUAUCUGUGGCUUCAACCAUGAGCAUGAGCAGUAGGUCAAAUGAUGGCAUCACUAUUUACAAUGUGGUUACAUCAGACAAAAAUCCCAUAACUAUAAGAUUAAUGAAGGAAAUGUUCAUAUUUUGUGAAAAGUUCCCAUUGAAGACAGUAAUCUGGUACCCAUUUAUGCUGUCAGUUCCUAAUUUUAAACUGUACACGUUCCUGACUCUCUUCCUGCACGUGCUACCAGGAUGUCUUCUGGACCUGGUCCUCCGACUGAAGGGCAAGCCACCAAUGUUACUGAAGAUAUACAAGAAAAUAAGAAAAUUUGCCAUCAUAAUGAAUAUGAUUUCUAUGAAGGAAAUAACAUUUUUCAGUGACAACUUGCACAAUCUAUAUGAGCAAUUAGGUUCUGAAGAUAAGGAAAUGUUCUUCUUCGACAUGAAACAGAUAAACUGGGUGGAUUAUAUGUUUACAGCAUGUCUUGAGUCGAGGAAGUAUCUUCUAAAUGAGACGCUGGAUGAUCUGGAACUUGCUAGGUCUCGUUAUCGAAGGUUGUAUAUAGUCCACACAUUUGUCAAGUAUUUGUUGUUUGGUUUGGCAAUUUAUGCAGCAUGGCUGGUAAUAGUAUUUUUCACCCAUAGCAUGUUUUGAUCAAAGCAAGAUGCUAGAAUAUGCAUUGUGUGUAUUUUUUUUAAACAUAAUCCACUGUAUUUGUAAGUUGUUAUAUUUGUAAACGGUACUGGAAUGCAUUUAAAUAAAAGUGUUUCCGUGAUACAGUACGUGCAGAUAGAUAUAAUUUAAUAAUAGGUGAUGGACUAUUUGGAAAUAAAACUCAUUAUAAUAUU